GCGUACUGCGCUCGUUAUCGCGCAAUAUAUGUUCAUUAUAUAUGUUAAGCCACCGGAUCGUUUUAGUUGUCCACCUGUUGACACGCCGAAUAUACGUCUCCUAUUUUUCUCAUUAACAUCACUGCCAUUCUUCAUUCGACACCCGCCGCGAUCAUACAUCGUCAACCUUUUUAUCGUGACGACAAUGACAGCGCAACGAACCUUUCUAAUCGUACUUUUCUAUAUAUAUGUACAUUUUUCACAUGGCUUUACGAAAGACGAUGAUAUUUGUUAUUGGCAUCACCCACGUGUUAAUAAUUAUUCCGAAUGCAAUUUUGUGAAAAAUCGACAUAGUCUCAUUUGUUUCAAUGGGCUUAAAAACGAAUGGAAAGCAAAGGCUAAACAUGUGCAGAUUCUCAUUCUUUGCGAGUGGCCAAAAGCAACAUUUGAUCCGCAUGAGGUUUUACGAAAAUUCACGUUCUUGCGAAAAUUAAUAAUUGCGAACAGUAAUUUAACUCAGUUGUCAUCUGCAUUUCCGAUCGAGGCGCAAUUUCUCGAGAAAAUCAAUGUGACUGGCACCAAACUGCGCACGUUACCGAAAGAUGCAUUCUCUAAUCUGCGAUCUCUGAGAUAUCUCGACUUGAAAAACAAUGCUCUCGAAGAGAUCAAUGUAACAGCUUUCAAUACGCCUGCAUUAAAGCGUAUUCUUUUGGCUGGUAAUCCAUUGAGAUGUACGGAGGAUACAGCGUGGAUUUUGGACCCCAACGAAGGAUCAGCCGCGAGCAAAGUCGUCGACAAAGACAAAUUACUUUGCGCUACGCCGUAUGAUGGAAGACCGCUUCUCCCGAUCAUCGAGAUAAUAGUGACAUUAAACAAAGAAUGCAAACAAACAGUCUGCGAUUGCGAACUGAUUUACGUGGUUGGUGCGGGCAAGCUUACGCAGAAACAGCUUAUAGCUUUUACUUCGGUCAAUUGUAGUCAUCGAGGUCUAACUGAAAUGCCCAAUUUUUUACCCGCAAAUACGACGACCCUUCGUCUAACCGGAAAUAAGAUUAAGGACUUAACUCCACUCACAACUAAUCCCAUCUACAAGUCGGUUUUGGAUCUUUACAUAGACGAUAAUCUGAUAGAAUCUAUCGUUGGGCUAGAAGGAUCAGAUUGGCUAGAUCGCUUUCGACUCCUUAAUCUUCGAGGGAAUAAACUUAUCGAUCUGCCUACUUAUGCUCUGGAAAACGCAUUGUUGCACAACAGCAAUGUCGCUGGCUUAUAUCUCGGCAAUAAUUCGUGGACAUGUAAUUGUCAUUUUACACCAAGCUUUCAGGACCUUUUGAUUCGGCAUCCAAAUUUAGUAAAAGAUAUCAACGAUAUAAAAUGUGCUGUCGCAAGCGAUAAUGAUAAUUCGAAUAAGCAGAUUCGCGAUCUUACUCGGACCGAGAUUUGCAUCUCAUCGGACGAAGAUUCUUGGCUUCAUCCCCUUGACAUUUUGAACAUCGUAUUGGCAUCAUUAAUAUUCCUUGUGCUAGGUAAGCUUUUGUAUGAUUAUUGGUCUUUUAAGAAAACUGGAAAGCUACCUUGGAUCGUCGCCAAAAUACCAUGAUAAUGUUACAAAUGCCUUUUAUCUCUUGUAAAAAGAAUUAAGUAUUUAAAUUGUUUAAGUAUGAACGGAGAUUGUGUAAUAAAAAAAUCUUUGCAUUAAAAUAUUUUUUAAUUAAUCACA